CUGCAUUAUCCAGAAUCCAGAUCUGAAUUGAAUACCUGGUUGCAGUAGGGAACUGCUCCAUCCAAUCGAUGGCGCUCGUCUCCGCUUCGUCCCUGAAGUUGGGUAGUUGUAUCAGUAACAGAGGAAGAACGCACCCUAAAAUAGUAAGAACCGUCGCGUUAUCAUCAUCGUCGUCAUCUCUGUCUUACGCUUCAAUCCGAAACGCAACUGCUUCCAAUUUCAGUUUCAGGGGAUGGGUUGCAGGUCUUCCUUCGAAAUCUUUGAAUUUCGCUCUCUCAAGUGCUCUGGCGCUCGGAUUAUCGCUCACAGGAGUUGGAUUUGCAGAGGCAAAAGCUGGGGUCAACAAGCCAGAAUUGCUUCCCAAGGAGUUUAGUGUGGUUAUAGAUGUGGCUGGGUUCCUCUCAGAUGGUCAGGAGAAUAGACUGGCUCAGGAAAUUGCUAAUCUCGAGAAAGAUACAGGAUUCAAGCUGAGGGUUCUUGCACAGAAUUAUCCCGAAACUCCAGGAUUGGCAGUGAGAGAUUUUUGGCAAGUUGAUGAUAGAACUGUUGUCUUUGUUGCAGAUCCCACAUUUGGAAAUAUAUUGAACUUUAAUGUGGGGGAAUCGGUUGAUUUAGAAGUACCCCGUAGCUUUUGGAGCCGUCUGGCUGGGAGGUAUGGGAACAUGUUCUAUUGGAAGGAAAAGGGUGAAGAUGCAUCUAUUGAAGCUGCAGUCAUGGCGAUAUCAAAUUGCUUGAGGGAACCUGCUGGAUCAAGUAACUGCUCGGAGAUAAAGUAGUAAAGGCAUGCUAGUUACUGUAGUCCAUUUCCCUUGACAAAUGAUAUUGUCACACAAUUAAUCUGCACUCUUGUUAAAUUUGAGAUGCGUCUUGUUGAAUUAAGAAAUCGUAACCUUCUAUUGAUUUGCCCCCAUUUUAUUCUCAAAA